UUCGGCGUGCGGGCUGAGCUUCGAUGGACGACCACAUGACAGGGCACAACAAGGAGAAGCGUUACGAGUGCGAGGUGUGUGGCAAUGUAUGGCAGUGCCCGAGCCAGCUGGAGAUCCACCGGCGGGUGCAUACGGUUGACAAGCCCUAUGCCUGCUCCACUUGUGGCAAGAGCUUCACCCAGUUGUCGGGUGCACAGCAGUGAGCAGCCCUUUACCUGUUCCAACUGUGGCAAAGGCUUCAAGUCAUCCAAGCAACUGAAGGUGCACAGGUGCGUGCACACCAGGGAUCGGCUCUACACAUGCAGCGACUGCGGAAAGGGCUUCACCCAGUCCUGCAACAUUGUGGAGCAUCAACGCACACAAGCCAGCGAGCCGCCCUGCACCUGCUCCGACUGCGGCAAAGGCUUCAAUACGUCCAGAAUCCUGAAGGUGCACAGACGCCUGCACACCGGGGAUCGGCCCUUCACCUGCAGCGACUGCGGCAAGGGCUUCACCCGGUCCACCAAGCCGUUGGAGCACAAACGCACACACACCGGUGAGCAUCCCAGUGCGGCAAGGGCUCACCUGCUCCAGCAGGCUCCUGUCCCACCAGCUGGUGCACACCGGCGAUGGUUCCUUCGGCUGCUCCGCCAGCGGCAAGGACUUCAAGUGGGCACAGGACCUGAAGAUCUACCGGCAACUGCACACGGGCCAGUGGCUCUUCAGCUGCUCCACCUGCGGCAAAAGCUUUGCCUGGUCGUCGGGGCUAUGUUGUCACUGGCAGGUGCAUAG